AGUUGGCAGCCGUGAGCAAUUAUAUUUAUUUAUUUACGUUUUUCGUGCCACUGAAAAUAACUGUUUGAUCGCUUAGUAAUUAAAUAAAACUGUGAGUUUUUUCUCUCUCUCGGUUAAUUUAAAGUUAAGCUAUGGCGACGCAUACACCGGUGAAUAAACCGCCUUUCGCCCUAAGUACGUAUGGUCACUUUUCGGUUCCGCAAAGCAAUGCCUCUACUCCAAGUCCGCACCAGCAAUCAAACUCAUCGAACGAAGGAGGUGAUGAUGACCCCUUGAAGAAGAAAAAGAAGCUUUUAAAGAAAAAAAUGAUAAUGUCAACUACCAGUCAACCACCGGCAAAACAACUCCCAGCGGGCAAUGUCGUCAGGAAAAAGAAGCUGAAAAGCAGCAGCAACAAACCGCCAAAAAACGAGCCUCGAGAAGACGGAAAAAGGGGCAAGAAAGUUGUCCAUGAGCAAGGGCGCGAAAUCAUAGGUAAUAUAAUAAAAUUUUUCGAGGAAGAGAAGCAGAAGAAAGGGCUCAAUGUCCCGCUAAACCAGCCACUAAGGCGAGCGGCCGAGGCAACUGGGAUCUCCUACUCGACUAUCAAGAGGAUCAAGAAAGAAGUGCAAAGAUGUGAAGCAACGGGGACGAAACUGACAACACCCGGACAGUUUAGGAGAGGUCGCAAAUCAAUCUACGAAAUCGAGCAAAUGAAAAGUUGGACCUCAGGAUGGGUGUUCGACCCGCCAGUCCCAUUUAAUUCGAACGGACUCCGAGGAUUCAUCUAUAAAGAAAUACAAACAGAUGACAAGUCUAUUUACCAGUUUCAUCCCAUUUCCUCUGGCUCUCUACACUUCAAAGUCAAAACAACAAAUGAUGCGCAGGUUUGCUUAACAACAGUACCAAGGGAAGGAAACCCCAUGUACGAGGUUGUGAUAGGCGGAUGGGCCAAUACCAAAUCAUGCAUCAGGAAAAACAGUUCGAAAGUGGAACAAGCUCUCGUAGACACCAUGGACAUUCUCACUUCUGAUGAAUACAAAGGCUUCUGGAUUCGUUGGGCCGGAGGUAGCAUAGCUGUUGGUCGUGAGGGUGAAUCUUGGCCUUUCAUGUCGUGGGAUGAUCCUGACCCAUUCCCAGUAGCGUAUUAUGGACUCUCCACUAACUGGUCCGCAACUGGACAUUGGAUUGUUGAAGGUUGUGUCGGCGAACCAAGCACAUCAACGACACCGACUCUUGCAUUACCCCAAAACCUAGUCGCUUUCCCUCAGCACCAACCCCCAGCACACGCCGUGGCCUCUCCUGGACACCCCCAACCAUCCCCUGGUCAUCCGCAACCAUCCCCCGGUCACCCACAACCCUCCCCACAGAACCUCGCAACCCAGCACUCGGCAACACAAUCCCCGCAAUCCCUCCACACUCCAACAGAUGGGGCGUCUCUCGAGUCAGAGUCAUCUUGGAGCCAAAGUCGCACAACCUCCCUCCUCACCAACGUCGUGGAGAUGGUCAUCGAGCCGACCGGUUGGAACGUGGCCUCUUCGUCCAUGGGUUCCGGCCGAUGGGUGCCGGCGUCCAACGGGGCGAUACCACCCAACGCAGUCAAAGGCGGCUUCGACAAGAUUGAGUUGUACGUUGGCAGGGCUCAUCAUGAUGGCGCCCUCAUUCCUGGUAAAAUCGUUCCUUCGCACGGUAUGUGCUAUAUUGCCUGGCGCGGAGUCGAGCACGGAAAACCAGAUUAUGACGUGUUGUGUGAUUGUACUGUGAGUUGGAUCCCUGCAUCAGGCGGAAUUAUUCCAGAGGGAGCGCUUCCCGCGGGUACUGCGGAUACCGGUGAAACAUUGUUCGUGGGAAGAACGAACCAUCAAGGAACCACCAUCGUCGGAAUGGUCCAGCCAAGUCAUAAAGUGUGUUACAUUCCUUACAAUGGCCAUGAACUGCCAUACGGUGAUUACGAAGUUAUGGUAGUCAAGUAACUCCUCUCAGCUUUAGCUCUAUGUGUUGUAAUCAUUGUAAAUGUGAGGUUUUUUUCUGUAAGCAUGAAUUUUUUGGUAGCGGAAAAUAUGCCUGUAAACAUAAAGACUCCGGCUUGACAAACUGGAUCUUGUGGAGUAUAUUCGCUCAACAAACAAACUCGACACUUCGGAUCUGAUCCUUGUCACAUUGUUUUGGACUUUUAUUGCUUUGGAGUCCAAAAAGACAAGGGCAGGAACCUGAAGCAGAGCUUUUACUUGUGGCUCCAGCUGAGAUAGCGGUAUCUUUGGCUGUUCGCAUCGAGAGCCAGUUUACAUUGAAAAAAAACAUUUGUCUCAACCUUGAUAUACUUUUUGAAUUAAAACUAUUGUUCGCAGUACUGCCUGCUAAGGAAAAAUGCCAUAUGAAAAUUCGAAUGUUUCCAAAUUAACUCUCAGAAAGUACACUUUUUUAUUUAUUUAUUUUUUUUUUUUUGUGAAAACUAAGAAUAUUUUUCAGCAAAAUUGGCAGACAUUUUAGAUCAUACUAUGAUCAAAAUUCUCUGAAAAUUUAAUAGAAGAAUAUUCACAAUUUACCUGGAAAUUCGUGAUUUGCCCAAAAAAAGUUUGGCAUUGUCUAAGGGCUCGUACAGCAUUCUUUCUCAGUACGGCAGAGUGCUACACAUCCAGAUCUUACACCUCAAUCAGUUUUCAAGCCUUAGAAGUCUUUGUGCCAAAAUACCCAUAAUUUUCACCCUAAUUUUUGGAAGGUACGGAAUUUUUCACCCAUCCAGUUUUACCUUCUUUAUAUCUGUAAAUACUUUUACCAUUCCUAUAUCUGUCUGUUAUCACUGUGUAUUCUAACAAUUCAAAAGUCUUAAAUUCAUUUGUUGUUUGAACUGUAUAAUCUUUGGUGAAACUGAAUCACUUAUAUUUUAGUUUGCAAAAUUUUAGAUUUCCUGUCAUAACAUCAUUUUUUUGCAGUGGACCAAUCUUUGUAACUGUUCUAAAUUGUGUUUGAUUUGCUUUGCAUUUUCAAGAAUGCUCUCAGCAAAGGACCCUGCACUGACAACCUCAGAAUCCUGUGCAGGCUUUUCAUCAUUAUUUGAUACGGUGUCUUUAAACAUUGUGAGCUUUUAAAAUCGAAACUUUCUACUUCUCAGUCUUGCUUUCCUUGAAAUUGGCCCGUGGAAAGUUACAUUUUCAAAGUUUAUCGUUCCCAAAAGAUCAUGAAGAACAUCACAUGGAAUUUAGCCAGAGCUGAAUUCUUUGGUUCUAUGUACAGGCACCUUUUAUUGCGAAAAUAUCAGUGAUUUUCUAAUAAUAUAAUUUAUGACCUAAGAUUCAAACAGAGUCGUCACAGUCAGGGAAUACCAGGAAACCUGAGAAAUGUCAGAGAAUUUGAUGAAAGUGUCAAGGAACAAUUGUUAAGUCACCUUUAUUUACUUUCUAGAAGGGUUUUGAUGUUUUAAACAACAAUGUUUUCCUGGAAACUAUUUCAAAUUAUGUCUUCCUAAACAUCUGAUAUAUCUCCAAUUGUCUUUGUCAGGGACUAUUACCCAAAUGUGUCAGGGAAAUUCAUCUCUAAAAUCUAUGGCAACCCUGUUUAAAAAUGCCACUUUGAAAUACAUUUUUUUAAAAUUUUAUCAUUGAAGUGUGAAUGUAUUUCGCCUUAAGUUUACUUUCAAGGACAUCUCGUAUUUUGAUCUCAUCCAGGCAAAGAAAAAAAUUCGAUUUGUAUCUAAAUUUUGCAAACAUGCAAAAAAACUCUCGGAUAAGUUGUCAGACAUUGAAAGUCUACACUUUGUCUCACAAUUCAAACCGUUAUGGAAUUGUGCAUGUGUUCAUAGUUUGUCUACCAAAGUUGUUGUCAGUCAAGGAAGGCAUUUCAUGCCAUAUUUUUAGCUUGCGCUAUUGAUUCACUACUUUUGAUCACAACAUUUAAUGUUAACAGGAUAAUUUACCAAAUGCAUAAAAUUUUAAAAUUGUUUUAAAGUACCCAAUUUGCUCCUAAAUUUUUUUUUAACUCCAUUAAAAUAAAUUUUAAGUGCAAAAGAAGAUACCAAAAUUAUUUUAAAAUUUUAUUCAUAUGACUUACAUCCAACCCCCUGCAUGUUUUUCAUUACCUACAAAACUUACGUUUGUAUUUAUAAUUUAAGGAGGUCUCAAAUGACAAUUAGUCUACUUGUGAACGAGCCGUCAAGUAAAAAAAUGAAAGGAGACGCCAAAUUUGUAUCUAUUUUAGAGCCAGCAUUUUGGAAGAACAGUAGUGUGUAGUAUUAUCGAUUAAACAAUGUAGCAACAUAAACUUGAAUCAAAGCAAUUCAAUUAUCUGUGAUGUUCAAAUUACAUUUUAGUAGUAAGUUUUUGUACAUACUGUAGAUUAAAAACAUCACCUUGAAAAUCUUGCAACAAUGGGCACUCAUAUUCAAUAUUCAGAUUAGAAUUAGCUUUCGUAUUUAAUUUUUAAUGCAGAUUGAUAUUUGUACAAAGUAACACUGCAAAUUUUGUCCAAAAUUUGUGUGGAAGUAAUUCAGUGUAAGAUGAAAAUGAGAAUAUUUUUGAGUGGGUGUUGAUGAAUUAUCUGGAAAUUCUGCCAGAAGAAUAUGGUGUGUUUGUGGUCAUGAUUAUGAAAGAGUUAAGAAAAAGGAGAGGAUACUUAAUCUAAAACUUUUUCCCUGAUGGAUGCAAAAAGGAAUACAUUCGAAGAUUAACCUCUGUUCUCAAGUAUAGUCUGUGCAGGUUCGUACGCAUUCAAAAAUUCAGAACGUCAUUUACAUGUGAUCAACUGUUGUCAAACAACACAUGUUGAAAAACUCUGCUAAAUCCCUAGUAUGUUCUAGGUACUUUGUAAAAGGGAAACUACCUGUCAAUAUUUAUCAAAAUUCUCUUAGAUUUUUCUUUUCUCUAUCAAAAUUAUUCUGUGAAAAUUUCAAGUCAUAUUGUCCGUUAGAUAUUCUUCAAAAAAUGAAGUAUUAAGGAAGAUUUUAUAGCGAAACAGAGUUCUAUUUUUGCAGAAUUUAAUCAUCAGUUGGUGACUGUCCAUAAUUGUAGUACACGUAGGCAAAUUUUCGUAGAAAGAAUUUUUUUCAGAUGGGGUCAAAAAUUGGUCAGAAUUUUUAACAGUAAAUUCUCUUUAGUACCUGCAGAAACAAUUUAUCGAUGCUCUUUCUGCUAUCAACACUUCAAUUCUGCUGAACACCCUGCCAAACCUUUUUUUUUUUUAUUAAUCGCUGCUAAUGUCUUGACUGAGACAGAAGCGAAACUUGUGGUUACACUGAAUAAUUAUGCACCAUGAUGUCCAAGUAUGUUUUGCCUGUUGACAGAGUGGUCUUGCACUUAGGAGAUUUUUCCAAUGGAGUAGCUGAAGCACACACAGUGAUGGUGAGACUUGAGAAAUAUGCAUUGCAAUUUGCAGCAUUGGAGACCUCCUCUCACAAUUCAUUUUUUAAAUCAGAAAAUACUCAUCUCUUGAAAACCUCUUUGAUUUUUCUUCUCUGUGUGAAGAAUAAUCUAUGAGUAUUCCGAGCAAUAGUGUUCGUUUGUUCUCUUUUGAUAAGACAAAAUGAAAGUUGAGAUUUUACAACGCUGCAAUCAAAAUAUGCAUUUUUGCAGUUUCGUUGUCGAUAAGCUCUUAAGAGCCAACUCUGGAUUUUGUAAAUUUUGUAAAGUUAGCCAAAUACUUACUCUGUAAUUUUUGUGCAAUCAAGUGCUUUAAAGUUUUGCAGGAUGUACUUCUUCUGAUGAGAGAGAACAAUUUUUGUAUAUAAGGCAUUUUAGUGACUCAUUGUUGAAGUGUAAUAUAUUUUUUACCUGUGC